AAGCCGUGAUGCAACCGGAUAAAGGAAGCCGUUCAAACCAAACAUGGCGGCAAAAAUGGACGCGCAAACUACAGAAGAGACAAACGAAGACUUCAGAGUGCGACUAACGUCUAAAAAACAAGUUGUCGAAUAUGUGCAUCAAUACAAAGACAUUUUAAACAAAGCGCUGGACGGACAAACGGGAAUUUCGGAGGACACUAAGCGACUUUUACUUGAGGAACUGCUGGCGGACUUUGAGGCUGCUGUUCAUGCCAAUGUGUUGGUGAACGGACAAACGUGGGAGCAGGCUCCACUUGACCAAGAUGAGGACGAGCUGCCUGAGCUGGAGAAGCGAAUGGACGACGCUAUCGUGGAGAUGGCGCGGAAGCGACGCACGUUACCCCCGCAAAUCCUGCGCUCAGCCGUGCGCACCCUCAAAGCGGAAAGGCGACUUGUGGACUUUUAUGAAAAGCCAGUCAAAGCUCAGCAGAUGCUCACAGAGCCUCAGACAGAGAACUUGAUGAAGGACUUGUCAGAUCGGGCAUCUGAACUGAAGGAACACGCCCAAGUCGUCAAGUCCAUCCAGACACUUCAGAAUCAGGCCGAAGGCUUACUGGAGAUAAUUGGCAUGAGGCACAGUCAGAUGUCGUUGGAGGUGCACCAGGAAGUGUUCGGCAGCAGCCAUUUGGGAGAAACUCCACCUGUUUGGCUAAAUCACGUCGAGGGGAACAGCAAGUGGAAGAAGCAGUCGGUCCAACGAGACGUGGAGGAUGUCCUGACCUCGGCGGGAUACAUACAACAAAAAGAUAUAAUGAGUGGGAAGUGACAAGUUGGUUUUUGUUCAACUUUGGACUGAUCGAGUGGGCCAAAUCAUGUAAAGACACAUUGUUCAUUAUUCUACUUACGUUUGCAAAGCAACAACAACAUGUCAUGGAAAUAAUGAUAAUUAAAGUACAUGAAGUCCACUGAGCAAACAUGCCAUUUUUGUGAUUGUGUAGUUCACAGUUAAACCGCUAGGGGGCAGCAAAUACAAC